AUGGCGCCAACCAAGUACGCCGUUGUGGGCACCGGAGGACGCGCCGCGUUCUUCUACAGCGCCAUCGUCCGAGACUUCAAGGACAGCGCGUCCCUGGUGGCAUUUUGCGACACAAACCAAACUCGCAUGGACGUCGCCAAUGACCGAGUUCAAGAACUAGGAUUGGCGCAACUACCGACAUACAAAGCAGCCAAUUUUGACAAAAUGAUUGAAGAAACCAAGCCCGACGUGGUGAUAGUGACGACUAUCGACCGGACUCAUCACGAGUACAUUAUCCGUGCUAUGCGACUAGGCUGUGAUGUUCUAAGCGAAAAGCCCAUGACAGUGGAUGAGAUCAAAUGCCAAAAGAUCCUGGACGCUGUGAAGGAGACCAAUAAACAGCUUCGCGUAACCUUCAACUACCGAUACGCGCCUCAUAACACCAAGGUGCGCGAAUUGUUGAUGGACGGUGCUAUUGGAAGAGUGACUUCCGUGCACUUUGAAUGGCUAUUAAACACCCGACACGGAGCAGAUUACUUCCGACGCUGGCACCGUGACAAGCGCAACAGUGGCGGCCUUCUUGUGCAUAAAUCCACCCAUCAUUUUGACCUGGUGAACUUUUGGCUGGGUAGUCGUCCAUCCACCGUGUUCGCCCAGGGUGACUUGAAAUUCUAUGGCAAAGAAAAUGCCGAAUCUCGAGGCGAAACCGAGUUCUAUUCCCGGGCACAUGACAGUGCUGCGGCUGUUGAUGACCCAUUUGCCCUUCAUAUGAAAGAGCAUCCCCAGCUCAAAGCCAUGUACCUCGAUGCCGAGCACGAGGAUGGUUAUUAUCGUGACCAAAGUGUCUUUGGUGAUGGUAUUAAUAUUGAAGAUACGAUGGGCGUGCUGGUAAGCUACCAGUCCGGGGCAAUUAUGACUUACAGCUUAAACGCAUACUGCCCGUGGGAGGGAUUCAGAGUUUGUUUCAACGGGACUGGAGGUCGGUUGGAGAUGGACGUCCUUGAAGAGUCUUAUGUCAAUUCUGGCGGAGAUCAGAGCAAGGAAGGUGCUGUGGCGCAUACGAAAAUUACAGUGCAUCCCAUGUUUGCACCACCAUAUGAAGCCGAGGUUGUUGAAGGCGAGGGAGGUCACGGUGGUGGAGAUCCUGUGUUAUUGAACGAUCUGUUUGGAACACCUUCACCCGAUCGCUUGAAUCGUGCUGCAUCACAUGUAGAUGGAGCAAUGUCCAUUUUGACGGGAAUUGCUGCCAACAAGGCUAUUCGAACUGGCCAGGUUGUGCAAGUUAAAGAUCUAGUUCAGUUUUGA